AUGACCGACACUCAGACUCCCAACGCUAGCGACCUCCCUACCAUCGUCAUCGGCUGCAUGGAUCGGCUGGACGAGUAUCAGAACCUGUUGACCAAGUUGUGGCAGGUCGAAGGCAAGGACAAGGUCAGGGGGGAGAUGGUCGAUCGGGUCGUCCAGGGCGCUACUCAACUGCCUUCCCAGCUACACCAGAUGCACAUCCUCAUCCCCGAAUCCCAGAGCCUUCCUCUACUUCCCUACGUACCUUCAUCAACGACGGUACAUUUCCACCCGAACGCCUCGAGUGCGGGUUCAUCGUCAUCUUCUCCGUCGUUUGCUACUUCACUCGUGGACCAAGGAUGGACACCGAUCGCAUCUGCAUCCCUCUCUGCGGGUAACCCGGACGGCCAUAUCAUCUCCUUUACCUCUCCCAUUCAAUCUCAACCCCCUACCACAUCUUCAAGCACAAACACGGACGACACCUCCAAUUCCGCUACUACGAACCCCGGCGGCACAGUCAAACUCCUCCGCAAGAAACGACCUACGACCAAAGCUCAGAAAUCGUCCAUCUGGGCCGCCUACUCCCCGAUGCUAGAGGAGCCCGAGAAGCUGUUGACGGCCGAGGACAAGAAGCGGCCCGAGUGCGUGUUUCCCGAUCCGGUGGACGGGGCGAAGAAGAGGAGGAAGAGGGCCUGCAAAGACUGUACCUGCGGCCUCAAAGAACUCGAAGACUCUGAAUAUGACGCUCCGACUCCCGCAUUCUACAUCGAGGGGGACGACGACAUCCCCCUGUCCAUCAAGAACGCUACUGCCGGCGUCGAAAAGAUCUGGCCCAAGGGGGAGAAACUGCAGACGGCGGUCAAGACGUCGAGCUGUGGGAGCUGUUACGCUGGGGACGCGUUCAGGUGUGGGAGUUGUCCGUACCUCGGGUUGCCGGCCUUUGAGCCGGGGCAGGAGGUGAAGAUUCCAUUGGAGAUGAGCGAUAUUUAG